UCUCGACCAAUCAGAAGUUAACCAACUGGAACUUGUCAGCGUUCUGCCCAGACACUUCGUUUACAGUAAUUGCUCUGUUUCUACACGGAGUCUUCGGAAACUAGACAACAUAACAACGAAACUGGAUUAACGGACGGUUGUCUUGACAGUUGUGACGGGACACGUCCCCAGUCCCCUCCUGUCCCAUCAUGCCUCUGGUGACGAGGAACAUCGAGCCGCGUCAUGUGUGUCGCCAGACUCUCCCCAACACCAUCCGCAGUGAGCUGGAAUGUGUGACCAACAUCAGCCUUGCCAACAUCAUCCGACAGCUCGGCAGUCUUAGUAAAUAUGCAGAGGACGUGUUUGGCGAGCUGUUUGUCCAGGCCGGGGCGUUCGCCCUCCGAGUCAACACGCUGGGGGAGAGAGUGGACCGCCUGCAGGUUAAAGUCACACAGCUGGACCCAAAAGAGGAAGAGGUGUCCCUGCAGGCCAUCACCACCAGGAAGGCCUUCCGCAGUAACCUCAUGCAGGACCAGCAGCUGUUCAUCAGGACGUCCCUGCCCAUGCCCAUACAGGAAACCUACCUGACCUGCAACGAGCCCCCACCUCUCAACAUACUCAGCCAGUACAGAGACGAUGGGAAGGAGGCUCUGAAGUUCUACACAGACUCCUCCUACUUCUUCGAACUGUGGAAGGAGAAGAUGCUGCAGGACACCAAAGACAUCAUGAAGGAGAGACGCAAGCACAGGAAGGAGAAGAAGGACAACAUGAACCCCCGGACCCUGAACCCACGGAAGAUCAAAACCAGGAAGGACGAGUGGGAACGCCGCAAGAUGGGGGAGGAGUUUGUGGUGCCUAAACACGACCUGGGGAACUCUCAGGAGGGCCUGAACGGCAGUAUAGGGUCUGGAGAGGACUUUAAUUCUGACUGUCUGGAAUUGAGCACAGGCUCCUACGCCUUCGAGCCAGGCUCCCCCCUCCCUCCCCCUGCUCCGGACGACUUCCUGCCCCCCCCACCGCCCGACACAGGGUAUUCUGACGCAGCGUCAACCCAGAAGCGUGGCAGCUUGCUAAGCCCCACCCACCCACCGCCGGCCCCUCCCAUGGCAUCGUCUCUUGCUGGCUCCCGGCCCAACCUCGCCCCUCCCCCUGCCCCUCCUCCUCCACCUCCCUCUGGCUUCGGACCCCCGCCCCCUCCCCCUUUCUUUGACUCCCCUCCCUCCCCCCCUCCCAUCUCCUCUUCCUACCCCUCCCCCCCUGCCCCUCCAGCCCUUCCCUCCAUGGGCUCACCCCCUCCUCCUCCCUCUCUGCCCCAAGGUGGCGGCCCCCCACCUCCACCUCCUCCCCCGCCCCCCCCAGGUCCCCCUCCUCCCUCUUCGGGGCCCCCUGCACCCACUCCUGCCUCCAUUGGCUCUGCCGUCCCCAAAGCCGAGGAAGAGCCUGAAGGCGGUCGCAGUGACCUGCUCCAGGCCAUCCGACAAGGCUUCAACCUCCGUAAGGUGGAGGAGCAGCGCGAGCAGGAAAAGAGAGGCAACAACGACGGGGGCAAUGACGUGGCGGCCAUCUUGUCCCGCCGCAUCGCCGUGGAGUGCAGCGACAGCGAGGACGACUCCUCGGAGUUCGACGAUGACGAGUGGUCCGAGUGAGCACUACUUCCACUUCUUUUUCUUCUUCACCGCCACCAUAGUCUUCCUCCACCUCAUUCACAAAGAAAAACAUCCCCCCCCAACUUGUUGCGCUGUUGUUUCCAGGGAGUUAUGGAGUAGAGGCCAAAGGUUAUGUGUGAGUUUAGUGUGUGUGUCUCUCCCUACUUUCCCAACCAAUCACAGGCCCUAGACGAUUUGAUUCCAUUUGUCUGAGAUGUCAAUUUUAGUGUAGAGGCCUAAAGACAGGAGCGAGUGCUGUUCUUUAUUGUAUUUCAUUAGCGUUUCCAUACCUUACCUGGGCCGAUGCACAGUCAAGAUGGGGCAUGCAUGAAUUUACAUAGGAUGUGUGUGUAUGUUAAUAAUGUUUAUAUAUAUAUAUAUAUAUAUAUGUGUGUGUGUGUGUGGGUGCCUGUAUGAAUUGUUCAGUUACUUCUGGGUGACAUCACAUUCACUUAGAAAUGCUAGUGGUUAGUCAUAUGCUACUGUACAAUUUUUCAUAUCAUGAGCUUAUUUCACUGAGAGUGAGGGAGCUCAUACAAGCAUGUACACACAUAUACACACAAUCCCUAAUAUUAUUAUUUGCAGAGUAAAAAUGCAGAUGUAAAUGCAGUUCCAUGUAUUGAUAUAGAUUCAUACAAAACAUGCUUGCGCACACACACAUCAUGUACAAAAUACAUUUACUGAAGAUGGUGUUAUUGAUCAUGAUCUGUAUUAUCUAUUUAAUCCUGCAUACUGCAAUCUGUUUAAGACCAAGAGCUUACACUUUCAUUUUCCUCUUUCCUUCCUUCCUUAAAAAAAAAAAAAUGGUUGUCAUGGGAACUGUUGCCUUAGUCACUGAGGGACUCAUUCCACAGCGGGGCUACGUUCAGAAUGGCCAAUCGUUCAGAACGUCUACGUCCCCUGGCAGCCAUUAUACGCCCUAGCCAAUGAGCUGGUCCCUGUGAUGCCAAAGCCCCUCCCCUUCUUAAGUGCCUUUUGUUUCUUGCAUAGCUUUGGGCCAAAGUUGCCUUAAAUCACAGAUCUGAGAUCAGCUAACCUUUACCAAAUCACAGGUCUGAGAUCAACUAACCUUUACCAAAUCACAGGUCUGAGAUCAACUAACCUUUACCAAAUCACAGGUCUGAGAUCAACUAACCUUUACCAAAUAGCAAACAGUCAUCGGUGGGCCAAACAAACUGUGUCUUAAGGAGUAAUUAUUCUUGCAGUGUCCUUUUAUUUUAAAUCCAAAGUUUGCCUUGGUUGUAUCAGCUGUUAAAAGUGUGUACCUAUCCAAUGAUGUGCCUCUCCUGUGUCCUUUCUAAAUGAUAAUUAGUACAAUAAAGAUCAAACACAAUGAA